AUGGGUCUAUUUUUUUCAAAAAAUAACAAUUUUGAAAAAAUGUUAGAAAUGGAAUCCAAGAUUUCCAAUAUGGAAAUCAAAAUUGAAAAAUCAAAGGAAUUCCAUAAUAGCUUUUUUUCCAAUUUUAUUUUCUUUAGUUUUAUUAUUGAAAUUUUUUUAAUUUUAAUUUCAAUUUAUAAAUCUUUUUCAUCUAACACUAUGUUUGAGAAUUCAUGGUGUUAUUUAUUAUGUAUAUUAUUCUCAAUUUUAUUUUAUAUUGUAUCAACAUUAUAUAGAUUUUUUUCUGGAUCUUUAAUUAGAUUCUAUGAAAAUAAAUUAAAUAAUUUAAUAAUUGGUUUUGAAAAAAUAUUAAAUGAUAUAAAAGUAGAAACUGAUUUUGAAACUAUUUUAAAAUAUGAAAAUAUAUUAAAAAAAAAGAAGUGUAAUAAUAGAGUUCAACAAGAAAAUCUAAAACCACAACAACUUCAACAACCACAGCAACCAGGAAAAUCCCAAAAAACACAGCAACCAGAAAAACCACAAAUAAUAAAUCAAAAUGUUCAAAAAUUACAAAAAACUCCACAAAACUCAAAAAAUAAAUGGUGGUUUGACCAAAUAAUCGAGUUUUUAAUUUCAUUUGGCUCAACUUCUAAAUCACCAUUGGUUUGCAAAAACUGUGGAAGUUUUAAUGGUUAUGUACCUGGUGCUAAGGUCUCAGGCAUUAAAUUCCUUUGUAUUGAAUGCCAUUUUUUUAAUUCUUAUAGUUUAAACAACAUUAAUGAGAAGUGGUUUGGUAAAUUAAUUGAUUUUUUAAAAUUCAGAUGA